GAGCGGCUUUCCCUAGGUAUGAUUAUGAUAUAAGCCUCUUCCUGUUCCACGAGAGACUACCUUGAAGUGGGAGAGAAGUUAGUUUUGGAAACUGGGGAAAUUUUUGAAACGUCAUAUUCAGACCAAAUUCUGCGUCUACGGGUUUAUAUAACUCUAGUGGGAACUCCAUAUACACACACCGGCGGGCUUGGAAAAUACCUAUCUAUUCUACCAGUCAUAACUGGAACACUUGAGGCUAAGAGUCGACCUCAAUGUCCGACGCCCUACAUGAGCCCGGGCUGCCUCCUUUGCAGGGGGUGGGCCUCGCUGUAUUCGUCACAUCGGUUGCGCUAGUCGCACUAUCAACCUUGGUCGUAGGUCUCAGAGUCUACAUACGGUGGCUUGAGAAGUCGAUAUGGUGGGACGAUGCUCUGAUGCUCAGUGGACUAAUCUUAUACAUCGGCGACGUCUACCUUUCUUGCAAAGCGACACAUGCCGGCCUCGGCCUCCGAAACAUAUAUCUAACACAGGCCCUGCAGACCGAGGCGAAGAUGUACAUGACGAUAUGGACGAUCGCCUACACGGCGUGUCUCGUCUUGGUCAAGAGCUCCAUCUGCAUGACCAUGCUGCGGCUCACUGUGUCCAUGAAGCACACCCGCUUCUCAGUCCAUGCCCUGCUGUUCUUCUGUGUUGCCAACUUUUUCAUUUUGUUCGUGGGGACACUGGCCCAGUGCCGCCCGGUCGCGGCGAACUGGGACCGCCAACUAUUCGUUGACGGCAAAGCCUGGUGUGGGAGUGAUAGGGCGAGAAUGGGGAUCUCAUACGCGUCCACUGUCUUGACGAUUGCCACCGAUGUAGGAUGCGCAAUAUUACCAGCGGUCAUCCUAUGGAGUACCCGGCUUAAAGUGAGGACGAAGCUUUUAGUCAGCCUGCUUUUGUCGUUUGGUUCUCUAGCUUCCGUUUGCACCAUGAUCCGCUCUCCGUAUAUCAAGUACUACCAGGCCGAGGAUCUUGUCUACUGGAUCGGCUACGUGAUCCUCUGGUCCAACAUCGAAACCGCCAUCGGCCUGGUCGCCGGCUCGAUCCCCGUGCUGCAGAAGCUGAUCAUGGGGUACACGAAGAAGCCGAACUGCAGCGGCGGCGGCGACGUGCCGCACAUCAUCCCCGGCCUCGUCACCUUCGGCAGCUCCCCCCUGGCCGCCAAGUCCCGCAGCCAGCGCGUCUUCCACAACCCCACCGACACGGGGUUUAGUGUCGCGUCGGUGCACGCGAGCAGGCGGUCCCACGAGUGGGAGAGGCUCGAGGAUGACUCGAGUGGGAGUGGGAUACGUGCCGAUUUCACGUAUGAGGUCGAGUUGUCGAGGGUCCAGACGGCGAAGUUGCCGUAGAUGGGGGGAAGAGGGUUGAGAUUUUCUAGGUUAGGUAUUUAGGCACAGGAUAGGUAGGCAUUCGGGUACGAGGAUACAGGAUCGUACGUGGGCAGGUCAGGGCUGGGAAUUAAUGAUUGGGAACGAUGUACGGGGUAGCAGGGCCGUCUACCUAGGUUAGACUGACGGCAUUGGCUAGCUACCAGGCAGGUACA